GCAAGCGGAAGUGUUUGUGUGACACCAUCGGCAGCGCAGAGGGGAGGGGAUGGGGACGGGUACCGGUGUAGGGGCACUCGGAAGGGACGGAUAUCACUGUGACACUGCGAGGACGCCCUGAGGGGACGGGUGUCGGUGUGGCACCUGUGCACGCUGAAGGAGCCGGCGGAACGGGGUGGCCAUGGGGAUGUGGGCGUCGCUGGACGCGAUGUGGGAGAUGCCGGCCGAGAAGCGUAUCUUCGGGGCCGUGCUGGUCUUCUCUUGGACGGUGUAUCUUUGGGAGACCUUCCUAGCACAGCGGCAGAGAAGGAUAUAUAAAACAACAACUCAUGUACCACCGGAGUUAGGACAAAUCAUGGACUCUGAAACAUUUGAGAAAUCUCGACUAUAUCAACUGGAUAAAAGUACUUUCAGCUUCUGGUCAGGACUCUAUUCAGAGAUUGAAGGCACUCUUAUUCUUCUCUUUGGUGGAAUCCCUUAUCUCUGGAGACUUUCUGGACGCUUCUGUGGUUAUGCUGGCUUUGGACCAGAACAUGAGAUCACUCAGUCCUUGGUGUUUCUGCUGUUAGCUACGCUUUUCAGUGCGUCGACUGGUUUGCCAUGGAGUCUUUACAAUACUUUUGUGAUAGAAGAAAAACAUGGUUUCAAUCAACAGACUUUGGGGUUCUUCAUGAAAGAUGCAAUCAAGAAAUUUGUUGUGACUCAGUGUAUUUUAUUGCCUGUGUCUUCACUUCUACUUUACAUUAUCAAAAUUGGGGGUGACUAUUUUUUUAUUUAUGCCUGGCUGUUCACAUUAGUUGUCUCUUUGGUUCUUGUCACAAUCUAUGCUGAUUAUAUUGCCCCUUUAUUUGACAAGUUCACACCUCUGCCUGAAGGAAAGCUUAAACAAGAAAUUGAAGUAAUGGCAAAGAGUAUUGAUUUUCCUUUAACUAAGGUAUAUGUUGUUGAAGGAUCUAAACGCUCUUCCCACAGCAAUGCUUAUUUUUAUGGCUUCUUCAAGAACAAGCGAAUAGUUUUGUUUGACACUCUCCUCGAAGAGUACUCUGUACUAAACAAAGGCCUCCAGGAGGAGUCUGGCGUGGAACCCCGCAAGGAUGGAGAAGGGGACGGUGAAGAAAUAAAAGCUAAAGUUAAAAAUAAGAAACAAGGAUGUAAAAAUGAGGAGGUGCUUGCUGUACUAGGCCAUGAACUGGGGCACUGGAAGUUGGGACACACAGUCAAAAAUAUUGUUAUCAGCCAGGUUCUUUCUUUUUGCCUGACAGUCCUGAGCCGCAGAUUUGAGUUUCAAGCUGAUGCAUUUGCCAAGAAACUGGGGAAGGCUAAAGACUUAUAUUCUGCUUUAAUCAAACUAAACAAAGAUAACUUGGGAUUCCCUGUUUCUGAUUGGUUGUUUUCAAUGUGGCAUUAUUCUCAUCCUCCGCUACUAGAGAGACUUCAAGCUUUGAAAAAUACAAAGCAAGACUGAAAUGCCCAGGGUCUGUGACUGAAGACAUUUAUGAUUAUUUCUGUCCUGGCAGCAUGUUCCAGCUCUUGAUGUUUUUAAACUUUUUCUUUUUUUUUAAAGAAAAAUUAUUAAGUACAGAUGAGCUCAGAUUUAAAUACAUUUAACAUUUCAUUUCAAAAAUGAUUUUAAUAAUCCAUUUCUUAAAGAAAACACUGGGUGAAAUUUUGAGGCUUAAUGUUUUUAAAGGUGUAGUUUUCUUUUAUCUUUGACAUCUAAUUUACCACCAACUGGUAGAAUUGAGAAAAUACAGCACUUGUUUUAUUUAUAUGCUUAUAUGGAAUCUGCAUAUUAAGGUGUUUGGGGCAUAUGUUUAAAAGAGGGAACACCACCUCUGAGUCCCUUCUGUCAGGCAGAAGCAGUGGUCCCAAAUCAUUGUGCUUACACCUAAGUUGAAACUGGUUUUUACUUUCAUCCCUGUUAUUAUUUAACCUGGCCAAUCAGUGUUUUAAAUAAGAAAGAAAGAUAAUAGUUGGCUAAUGCUAUUUAAAUGAAAGUAAAUAGAGGGCUGGCCAAUGGC